UGGCGAUCUGAAGAGUUGCACUGUGCUGCACUCGUUUGUUCUGUUUCUUCAUUACAGGAUGCGUCUCUGCUAUCUUUGAAGUUAUCAAGGGGGUUUCAGUGUAGAGUUUUUACUAAAGAUGCAAGUGGUACUUUUCUUAGUUUUACUGUAAAGAGGGAACUAUAACGGUUCAUGAAACUGCUGGUCUUUGUUCCUUGUAGAAUGAUGAAGUGUUAAAACUAAGCAACUAAUGGCACCAGAUGUUUGAGCAUUUUGUUAACUGAUUUUAAUGUUAUAGUUGCAGUCUUGCUCCGGUUUGGAACAAUGUUCCUGUACCGUGAUUUCGAGCGCAAACUUAGAUUUGGAUACAUAAUCAGUGUCAUGAUGAUAAAUGAUGAAAGCUAUAGCUGAUUUUGCUUUGUGUUGUAUCAGCUUGUUUUGUUUGCACUCAAUAUUUGGUAAGUAGGAACCUACCUAGAAGAAUGACUCAGUAGUACUGACAAAAGAUGCAAGUUGUGCUCUAUUAUUACUCUUUUUUUAUUUCAAUCUUUACUGGACUUGGAAGUCUUGGCGUAUUUAGUGGGAAGUAGAAUAAUGACAAUUACUCAAUGACUUUCACGAUCAAGCUUAAUUAUAUAAUAGUACUAGUUAUAAGUCACGUACGAUUCAAUCAAACGAAAAAAAUCUUAUGGUAUAAAUUUCAGAAAACGUGCAAGGAAAUUUUGACCUAUAUCAAGUCCAACUGGCAAAAGUUGGUAACUCGGUUGACUCGAACUUAAAAAUAUUUCGUGUUAAAGUGUUUUUUUUUUUUUUUGGAUAAUCGUUUGUGUUUGCCUAAUCAAUUUGAGAAAAGUAUAUUUGUCGAUUGCUUGACCAAUGCUCCAAUAGUGCUUUAGGGAGAGUGUUUUUUUUCUCUCCAGUUUUUGGAUAGCAACUUUUGUUUUACUACUGAAAAAUGAUUAGUUUUCAGUGCUUUAAACACACAACUCUCUAAAGUAAGUGUUUUUGGCUUCUCAGAAGUUUGACUAAGUAAACCACAGUGAAAAACAAAACUAUUUAGUUUUUUGGUACUUACUAUAUAUAUAUAUAUAUAUAAGCAUAAGAGUGCUUGAGCAUUCGAGGCACUAAACGUUGAAACUUGUCAUAGCUUUGAGUUAGCAAAACUUAGAAUGGAUAAUAGGCUAUUUCAUGCAUCACGAACAGGGAGCGUUGAUGUUCUGAUGGAGCUAUUAAGAUCUGAUCCUAUUAUUGUUCGCCGUGUUGGCUUAGUUGAUGGUGAUUCCCCCUUGCACCUUGCUUGUUUGGGUGGCCACUUCAAUUUUGUGAAGGAGCUUCUCAAGUUGAGGAAAGAACGUGCAGGGGAGCUAAGUCAGAAUGGUUUCAGUUGCUUGCAUAUUGCUGCUGCGAAUGGGGACUUACACAUUGUCAAGGAGAUUUUACAAGUGGACAUUGGUUUGUGCCUUGUGAAGGGCAGGGAGAGAAGAAUUCCUCUUCAUUCUGCUGUUAUCAAAGGCAGAGUUGAUGUCAUGAAAGAGUUGCUCUCUGCUUGUGUUGAAUCUGUUGAAGUUGUGACUUCUCGAGGGGAAACCGUGCUCCACCUUGCUGUCAAGAGCGGUCAGUUUGAAGCUUUGGAAGUGUUGAUCAAGCACAUCAAGAUGUUCAAUAAGAUGGAUGUCUUUAACAAACAGGAUGAGCUAGGAAAUAGUGUCUUGCACCUUGCAGCAGCAAGGAAACAGCACGAGAUAUUUCAGGUGGUGGAUCUCUUGCUGAAUGGGAGCUUACCAGCAAAUUGGGCAGUCGGAGUGAAUUCUUUGAACCAAAUGGGAUUCACAGCUCUUGACGUCUUUUUUCUUUCUCAAAGUGAAGCUGGCGAUAGGGAAAUUGAAGACAUUCUUCGACAAGCAGGAGCCCUUAAGGCCACAGACAUGGUAGGAAUACCAAUCAGGUCAUGUAAUCAAAUUCGUGCAUCUAACAGACAACAUGGGGAGGUAAUGCCUAGACGAAAGACUAAGAGUGGGUGGUUAGUAGACUUCCUAAAGUACGACAGAGAUAGAGAUAGCAUAGAAUCUAUAAGAGAAGUACUAGUUGUGAUCAUGAUGCUCAUAGCUAUGCUCACAUUUCAAGCUGCUCUUAAUCCUCCAGGCAACUUACAACAACAGCAACAGCCCAGUUACCAAAUCGAAGCUGAUCACCUGAUUCACUAUUCAUCACACAUAUUCUUGUUUUUCAACUCACUCGGGUUCUUCAUCAGCCUCCACGUGUUCCACAUCGUUACGAGGGCAUUUCCCAUGAGACUUGAGCUGAUAUUCUGUGUGUUUGCAAUUGGGAUAACGUACAUCAGUUGCCUAAUGAUCAAGUUGCCAACAUACUUCUGCUAUUAUCUUUGUGUAGGCAUACCAUUCUUACUCGUCUUUGCUCUGAACAUCUCACGUUCUGCAGAUUAUUUGCAUCCACACAAAAUUACAUCUGCUGAUCCUUCACUAGUUAACCAACCUUGAAGGAUUAUAUAUUUGAAUUUUGUUCUUAGCUCUGUAUUCCGGAGAGUUAUAGGAUUUAACUAUGUAUCGCGGAGGCGAAUUUAGAAUUUAUUUAUGUUUAACGUAACACUUCAGGUUUACCUCUGUAUACAAAGGUUGUUUUCAGAGCAAACCAAAGUAUGUUAAAUAUAUAAAAAUAUUUCGCCUAAUAUUAUUAUAUGAACAUUAUUAUGAAAGAGA